AUGUAUGACUGGCCAACAUCAGCACGUGAUCCUAUUCAGAUGCCCCAUAUUUGGGCAGUGCGCGUCGAAUCAAGAAAAAAAUACCAUUCCCCCACCUAUAAAUCGUGCUUAUUUUUUUUUUUUAGGAAAGAUACCCCUUGAACUUCCAAAGAGCUUCAUAGGAAAAGCAAUAACCAAUAAAAAACAACAAUACAAGAGCCAAAUAUCUAGCCCAGGCUACACCCAGAUAAAAUAUUUAGGCUAUAGGCUAUUGCAGUUUUUACUUCAUGCAUCUCUUCUGCACCAUUUUUGUGUGUUUUGUUUUUCGUAUAAGAUGAGUUCCUAUGUAGCAAAUUCAAAUUUUAAGCAGCAAACGCACGAGGCUUCCUCCUGUAGCGCCAUGAAUAGUUUAGGCAGUUAUGGCUCUCUCUCUGACUUCGAUCAAGCUAAUUAUGCCUAUAACGGAGGUCUUCAUGAUUUCAACGGAACAUUCACCUCCUCUGAUGCCACUGUAAACUCUCUAAAACGAGAAGAGAUUAACUCUAGCCUGCGAAGCAAAACGGACACUCAAUCUCCAACACGACCACAGUCAUACUCAGCCUUGAGCUCCCGGAACUCCGUGCAGAACUGCCUCAGUGACGGUAUACUGAGCAAAGGGAAUGAAAUGCAAAUGGAGGUGGUCGAAAACCCCAGAGCUACGACCGAAGAAAGCGCGAUCAAAGUCGAAACUAUGCAACCUGUAAAACAUCAAAUCCAUUCGAAGAAGCACCUGGACAAUCAACAGCAACCGCAGAUUUUUCCCUGGAUGACAAAACUACACAUGAUCCACGAAUCAUCUGACGGUAAACGCUCUCGAACCAGUUACACCCGCUACCAGACUCUGGAGUUGGAGAAAGAGUUCCAUUUCAACCGUUACCUCGCCCGUCGCAGGCGCAUUGAGAUCGCCAAUACCCUCUGUCUGAACGAGAGGCAAAUUAAAAUUUGGUUCCAGAAUCGACGUAUGAAGUGGAAGAAGGAUUCGAAACUGAAAUCAAAGGAUUCAAUAUAAACAUGGAGUUUAUGACUGAUCUGGAGACGAACAGCUAAAAGAAGUAGGGCCUAAGCCUACCCUAAAUAGAGAAAGAGAGACCAUGAUUUGAAACGUGAAGGCCGUGUUCAGAAUCAGACCCUAUUAUGUGUUAUGGACUAUUACAUUAUUUGCAUAUUUCGUGUUUGGCACUUUAUAUGUGGUCUUGUAUUCUUUGCUUAAUGGUUGUACAACAUUUAAGAUUAAAAAUAUAUAUAUAAUAAUAAAGUAAUGUGUUGUCUUAAUGUAAAGAUUGUGUCAGGACCUUUGGAAGAAUUAGGGAGAGCUGUGGACUAUAAGGCCGCAUGUUACAUUAAGAAAUGGAAUAGACACCAAAUAAACAUUCUAUAGCCUAUACCCUUAGCAUUGAGAUAAUAAUUAUGAUCAUGUAAAUGACUGAUAAGCCUACUGAGGGGUACCAAUGAGAACGAGGAGACUUUAUCACGAAAAUAUUUGAUUUUUCUAAAUGUUUUAAAAUUCAUAUUUGGCCAGAGUCUUACACACGAAUAAGAAAAACAGACGAUAUAAACAGACGGUUGACUUUUUCAAUAGCAAAUAGAUUGUCUACACGCAUAGACCAGCAGGGUCAGGGAUCUGCUUGUAAUUAUGUCCAACCAAAUAUUUAAGAGUUUCGUGAUGGUAUUUGAGGACAGCACACAUACCAAUAGGCCUGAGAUAUCCAUGACCAUACCCUUCAACUGAAGAACCAUCGACAUGCGUUUCUCCAAUUUCAGAUUCUUACUGAUUUUGUAUCUUAUUGUUCACUGUAAUCAAUGUCCAGAGUUGUCAACAGACAUGGAAAUGUGUUGUACAUGUCGUCUAUUUAUAGUCUCUAUGUAAUAUCAAGACUUUGGAUGAUUCUAUAGAAGUAUAGAAGUACAAAUAUACUCUAACACUAACAUUUUCCAAAACGGAGAUAUCAACAGUGUAGGCUACAUAUUGGAUUAUCUGAAUAGCUUCAAGACCUAUUGUAUAAUUCGUGGUAUGUUAAAGCUUGUGAUUCAAUCAAAACGCUUACAGGUGUUGAGAGACCUUUUGAAUAA